AUGGGGCACCUGAAUCUGGACAUGACCACGUGUGCCAACAAGAACGUGAGCCUCGUCAAGCGCAAUAACACGUUGUACGAGCUGCAGCUGACGUACAAGCCCGACAAAGGUCGGAAACCCGCGAGCUGGACCGUAUCGCGCACAUUCGACGAGUACCGUGCACUGCAGCGGCGGCUGGUCAAGGCGCUUAAACCCGGACACAAGUGCAAUGCCGAAUGCAAAUGGUUGGUCAACGUAAUCAAGAACCACUCCCCCAAGGCCUCUCUUUUCUGCAAGAACUGCCCCAGUACGGUCGAGAGCCGCCGACUGUCUCUGCUACGCCUCGUAUCCACAGUCAAGACCUCACUCAUUAACCACGGUAACAUCGGAUGUGUCGUCCUCCGCGACCAGGUCAGCAAGGAGUUAUCCACCUUCCUUCUCGCGGACUGUAAGGACUUGACUGAUGAGAUCACGUCGUCGAUGGUAUCACUCACCUCGGAUGAGGAGAACUUAGUGUUGGACUUUGAGCUCGACGACGACUUUGCCGACUUUGAGUGCGACCUUUGUGGACUCAGUCUGGAUGCUCUGGAGGAGAUCGCUACGUCCACAUCUCCUCACUGCACUACAGCUACGUUCGACUGCGGCCACCAGUACCAUGACAUGUGUGUGCUGCUAGCACUCGGCGAGGAAGUCAAGUGCCCACUCUGUCGGUAG